AUGAAACUGGAUAUGGUAAAAGGCAACGAGCUGGCUGGCGAGGAGCCUCAGAAAGAGCAUUGCCAGAGGAACGAGGCAAAAUCUUGUAUUUUUGUUCAGAGUUCAGAAAUAUUUCAAGAGGUCAAUAAUGCUUUCUUUGGCUUUCGCUCAUUCGGUGUGGGAGAAGGAGCCGCAGUCAGCGGGGCAGAGUUUUCCAGAUGUGCUGCAGAGCGUGUGUGCGUGCGCUUAUGUCGACAGUUGUUGACGGUGGGAAACCAUCCAUCUUUCCUCAUCUGCACACCACCCUGUAGUGAAUAUGAUGAGGAGGAAGUAGACUAUGAAGAAUCAGACAGUGAUGAGUCCUGGACUACAGAAAGUGCUAUCAGCUCUGAAGCUAUCCUUAGUUCAAUGUGCAUGAAUGGAGGGGAUGAGAAACCUUUUGCCUGUCCUGUUCCUGGAUGUAAAAAAAGAUAUAAGAAUGUGAACGGUAUAAAGUACCACGCCAAGAACGGCCACAGAACGCAAAUCCGUGUACGCAAACCAUUCAAAUGUCGCUGUGGAAAGAGUUACAAGACAGCUCAGGGCCUGAGGCACCACACAAUCAAUUUCCAUCCCCCCGUGUCUGCUGAGAUUAUCAGGAAGAUGCAGCAAUAACAUGCUGGUCACAAAUGUGCCAAGAAACCCUCACCAGCAGUUGCUGAUUUUGAGAACAGCCACCUUUUUCAGGGGAAGCAUUCAGCAACCCUUUAAAAAAAUUAAAUGCAUGCUUUAAAAUUUUCUGUAAUUUUGGAAUGAUGUAUCUUUGUAGAGUUAAUGAUUUUGUACAUUUGCACAUGUAAUCAUCAUACCCAUUUUCAUUACUUUGAGAUAAGGUGCUAUAAAAGCUUAUAUAGGUUCUUCAGAACAUCUUUCUCCAAAACAAAACAAAAAAAAAAUUAGGGGGGACGUUGCGUAUUUAGUUGUACCGAAGUGUUGGAGUAGGAGUGAGAGGAGGAGAGCUUGGCACUGACAUCCUUCCACGAUUGCAACGUGAUGAAGACUCUCAACGCAUCUGUCAAUGUGUGUGCAAAACCAAAACAGUACCACCCUCGUCAAACUCUAGUUAACAUGCCUUACAUAAUGGAGUUACCAGUGGAGUAGCAAGUCUUUUAGGUAAUGGAAAUAUAAAUAAGAAAGAAUGUUUAACAUAAUAUGCUAAAAAUAUUUUCAUACUUAAAUAACAUACAUAAAAAGGUGUGCUUGCUGUAUUUUAUAUUAUCUUGCAAAUCUUUUUUUUUUUUUUUCCCUCUUGAAAUGCUGAAAAUCUUGCCAUUUGAACUAGUAAACAAUCACUUUAGGGUUAGAAUUACUACUUUUUUUUUUUCUUUUUUUUUUUUUGGGUACAACGUGUCACAUUCUGGUCACGCCUAUCAAACUUUUGAGGACCAAGAUCCCAGUCCAACUAAAUAUUUACCCCAAACUAUCUGUUAGAACGACACUUGGAAAUACUUAAGUGCAAAUUUAUGUGUGUGUGAGAAACAAUUAUCUUCAUCUCAGAUGAAGUUUUAAAGCACUUUGUAGUUCUCUAUUGCCAACAGAUUUAAUGUUUUAUGUGUUGCCAAUGCUUGCAACUACUGUACAAGCAUGUGCCUGUGGUUGCAAAUAAAAAUUAAGAAUUCUGCGCAUGGUUUCAGGAGGUCCAUUAUUUGUGCUGAGGGAGUUGCUGAUGCCUCU